UCCUGUUGGUCAAUUAUGUGCAUUUGUAGGACUAAUAAGCUAGCUGUUAUGAAGAGAAGGAAUGGUAAGCUGGACAGUACCAUGGUGCUGUCAGGAAUGGACUCAGCACUGGUGGUGGGACUCCCCUGCCGUGUGGGCUGCAGUACCAGAGCUGACCAGCGGGUGCUCUCAGCACUGGUGGUGGGACUCGCCUGCCGUGUGGGGCUGCAGUACCAGAGCUGACCAGCGGGUGCUCUCAGCACUGGUGGUGGAACUCACCUGCCGUGUGGGCUGCAGUACCAGAGCUGACCAGCGGGUGCUCUUAGCAGCCAGAAGCUCACAAUCAGCCAAACCUGGGGCUGAUUACAGAAAGGUGUAUAUAAGGUAUGACCAGGUCUGU